AUGGGCAAGCCGUCUGUCGCGAUGGUGGAGACGGGGGAGGAGAGAGAGAGGGUGGCAGGUGGGCGACGACCACCGCAAGGCAACUGUCCAACGCCGCCGCGGCCACUUGUCGUGUCACGCCCUGUCAUCCCCGGAGUCACACACGCCCGUGCACACCGUGCACCCGCAACGUCGUUCUCCAUCCCGCUCGCUGCUGUCCUCACACCAUAUAUCAAUAUCGAUGCUCGCCUCAUCUCGCCUUAUUCUAGUCGCCUCGCAAGUCUCGCUCUCGACUUUGCGCGUAUCUCACUUCCACCCCUCGGACGCUCGGGCCUCGUUAUUCUCGACCGAGGCGUCUUAUCGCGCGUCGCGCAUUGGCACAUCUACGAGGUCGCACGAGGACGGUCAAGUGAUUUCGCAGACGAAGAAGCGACGUCUGUCUUGUGCGCGAGGACCAUCGUCUGCAUCAGCCGCCCCGUGAUCGGUAACGCCGAUCCAUCUGCAUCUGCGAUCAACGUCGCCAUGCAAUUUCCUAUCCCGGACGAGUCGACUGCUUUGCUAGCGCGCGGCACGGUACCAAGGCUGCAUCAAGGGCGCGCUGCUCAGGCACCAAGCGCUGACUUCACGCGCUACUGGCGCCACGAGCGGAGAUUGCACAACAAGGAGACAGACAUACCAGGACGGGCGCGGAAGCAAACAAGUCAAAUGGCUGCAUCGUUUUCGGGUCCGCGCGCUUGCCGCCGUUCCAACCCUCCCUCGAUCGGCGUCGACGCGGCGGACGACGCAAUAUCAGCAAAUUGUUUCGAACAACACGAGCUGAGUUUCGCAGCCGGCGGACGGCGAUUCGCAACUCAGAGGCCCCGCGCGGGCGGGCCAUUGCCCGCCGCGGCACGACGACGCACUGAUAGGCAAGUCGGUUCACCAGCGACGGAUGUUCCUGAGUCCGAGCAGGUCUGCGCGGGGGUGCGCGUACGUCACGCCUCCCCGACCUCCCCUGGAAUGAAGUACCCGCGAGGCUGGUGCGGGCUCGGGCAUCGACCGCCACCCGCUUACCGACACGACUUAUCUACAGGCGCGAGGCGCGUGUAUGGCAGCCCACUCGACCAUGCACGGGCACGGAUGCCUCGCGUCAUGAUCGUGCAAGAUACGGCAGACGAUACAGGUUCGGGACGGACGGGGAGACGCGGCAAGCGUCAACGCAACGCGUAUAUCGGUCGGCGGAUAAGUAACAUGGGGACGCUGACAACGACACGACGGCGUGCCAUAUCACACCGCCCGCUCGCGCUCGCACUCGAGCUCGACGGCAGCGGCCCGGCGGCAUACCGAUCCUCCCGAGCCCCCACUCCACUCCUUCUCAAACGACGCGGCGCGCGCAUGCCUGUGCAUACGACGCCCCCGCAUCCGAACACAAAAUGCACUCAGCUCGACGCGCCCCGGCCGCCCAUACGCGCUCGGACGCUCGACGGUGUCGCCAUCGCGGGUGCCGCAGACACCCAAGGUGCGCGCCCACGCGCCCGCGCCACGCAGAACGCUCGUCCAGUCGAGGCGCCGCGCCGCGACGCACACAAUGAAAUGAUACGCGGGGCCGACGUUUUACUUACGGCAGCCGCCAACCCAUUCAAGGGCCCAUUCUCAAGUAGGAAGGCGCAACCAGCGGCGAACCGGGUCGAACCGGGCCCACGAGCGAACCACCCAGAUGCCUACGAAUGCGGGAUGCCCAUGUCCGUGCCUGUAUCCACUAUCCAUGUCCAUACCCAUACCCGCAAUAUCCAACGCGUGCCGCAACCCGUGCCGCGCGGCGCUGGCCCAGAGUCGCCGGCGGGGGCGUGCCCCGCUGAGGAUCAAACCGCCGGAGUGGCGGCGGCGUUCCCGUUCAUUUCGAGCGGGCUUGAAGCUCGACGAAACGGUGUUUGCGUUUGA